GAAAAAAACUAGAAUUUUUCUGUUUUUUUCCAGAUAUUUAAAAAAAGUUUUUUUUUAACUAUAUUAUAAAUUGAUAUUAUAUCAUAUUUGAAUCAUAGUACAAUAUAUGUAUUAGAUUAAUACAGAAAAGGUGACUUUUGGACAACAAUUCUGCUAAUAAAAAAAAUUCAGACAGACAUAAGAGAGAUGCAGUAUUAGUGAAAAAAAUUUGUAGCGGACUGUAAGCAAAAAAUAUAUGCGUGCGUGCGUGCGUGCGUGCGUGCGUGCGUGCGUGCGUGUGUGUUUGUGUUUGUGAAAUGUAACACGGAGAAACCGAAAAAUUUGAACUGCAAUACAGGGUUUAACAUAUCGUUCACUUAUGCUUUCGUGAGUUGAUAGAGCAAGUUAAACUAAGAAGAAAAGUCCGUUACCAUUUUCAAAAAUUCGCAAUAGUUACCGAGAUAAAAAUUAGUAAAGUCGGCGAAUGAGCACAUAUUUUCCCUACUCACCGCACGCGGGGGCCUGUCGGUCGUCAAACCAUUGGUAGCCGCGGCUGGUGUUGCGGUGAAGAGAGACAAGCAAUGAUUGUUUUACCCGCUUCACCGCACCGCCUACCGCGGCUGACACUGGCUUCAGGUAGCGGUCGAGGAUUCAACGUUCAGUUAGAUUCUAACCACGAAGAAGUGAAGACAAAAAGACCAUUCUCUGUGUUAACUUUUCAUUGUGAUUAGUGAACAAAACAUGGAAAGUGUAAGCCAAAGAACGCCGAUACAAAAUUUUUAUGCUGGACAAUCAAUCUUUAUUACAGGAGGUACCGGAUUUUUUGGAAAAAUCUUGAUUGAGAAACUAUUACGAAGUUGCUCCGACAUUUCUACGAUAUAUGUGUUAAUACGUUCGAAAAAAGAUAAAUGCCCCGAAAGUCGACUAGACGAAAUGUUUGAAAAAACUAUUUUUGAUCGAGUAAGAAAGGAAGUACCCAAUUUCCGUCAAAAAAUCGUGCCGAUUCCAGGUGAUAUAAAUGUUAAAGACUUGGGAUUGUCAGAAAGGAACAAGAAAAUACUACAAAAUAAGGUAUCCAUAAUUUUUCAUAUGGCAGCGAAUGUACGUUUUGACGAAGAAAUCAAAGUUUCUACGUUAAUAAACAUUAACGUUACCGCUACCAUUUUAAAACUGGCAAAACAUAUGACAAACUUAAAGGCACUUAUUCACGUAUCAACUGUAUACGCAAAUUGUCAUGUGGAUCAUAUCGAAGAACGAUUAUACUCAUAUCCUAUUAACCACAAAAAUCUUAUUACGCUCACAAACAGUUUACCCGAAAAGAUGAUCCAGAAGAAAAUAUCCAGAAUUAUUUCACAAUGGCCAAAUACAUAUACAUUCACGAAAGCAAUUGCGGAAGGGCUUCUCCGAGACGAAAACGGAGAUUUACCAGUUGGAAUAUUUCGACCUGCGAUAGUUCUAUCUUGUGCCAAUGAGCCACUUGUUGGCUGGAUGGACAAUAUGUAUGGUCCAGUAGGCACUCUCAUAUCUUCGCUUCUUGGUAUCACAAGAUUUCAUCAUUGCAAUCCCGAUGUCAAAGCAAACAUAGUGCCAAUCGAUUUCACCGUAAAUGCACUAAUUGCUAGUGCAUGGGAUGUUUUUAACCAACGCAGGAGAGGCAGAGACACGUUAAUUUAUAAUUUUGUGUCACCAAUCGACGGCCCUACGUGGAGUGAAUAUAGUACCAUAAUUCUCAGCGCCAAUAAGAUGUACCCCUUAAAUAAUUCUAUAUACUUGCCUUUUAUAAUUUUAGUACGACAUACAAUACUAUAUAAAAUUUGCAUAUUUUUUGGUCACAUUCUUCCGGCUUUCUUUAUGGAUGUUGCAAGCAUCUGUAUAAAAAGGAGUCCAAGAAUGUGGAAAUUGUAUUUGAAGAUUCAUAAAGCUACCAAAGCUAUCAAACCAUUCUGUACUAAAGAAUGGAGAUAUUCCACCGACAAUGUUCAAGCGAUGUGGGACCAUCUCAAUAAGAAGGAUCAACAAUUAUUUAACUUCAACAUGAUAGAAUUUGAUUGGACAAAAUAUCUUAUUGAUCACUAUAUGGGUAUACGCUUGUUUCUACUCAGUGAAAAUGAAAAUACUCUAGAAAUCAGUCGUAUGAAAUAUAAGAGAUUUUAUUGGAUACAUAAAAUAAUGAAAGCUGUGUUUAUCUUCCUUGCCAUUUGGAUUUUCUUCAUUAUAUUUAACAAAGUGUUCGUAUAAUUUUUACAUUUGUAU